AUGAAUCCAUCUGCAUAUUCUACUGAACAUCCGAUUGUUCUGAACAUCAAGUCACAUGAUUCCACAGUGACACACGAGGUUAUCACCAAAUCCAUCGCGUUGGACGUCGAUCAAGCUAAACAUACACUCAAAAUGACUAUUGAUGAGGAAUCAUGCAAUGUUCCACAUCAAUACUACGAUGCGUUGUGGCUCCUUAUUCAUCAUCUGCGCGUAUAUCAAAUGACUGCCAUAAAACUAAUGGAGCAUCCACAACUGGACGCCGCUCAGGAUACAUACACUUCCAUCACAUAUUAUUAUUGUGAGGUACUGUUAGCGUUUGUUAAAGAAGUGAAGGAUGGCUGGCGACGCAAGAGCAAGACAUGGCGCUCAGCACAUAUGGACUAUCACUUCACCAUGGCAAUACACACUAACGCUUUUAUCGAGCCCAUGCAAAAGGAAACGCUGAAAAAAAUUGAUCUUACCUGGGAUGAUUUUAAAAAGAAGAAGAUCUAUCAACCUGUUGUGGAGCGAAAGGACAUGUGUGGCGUUCCUGAUACCCAUCAUGAUCUCUCAGUGGAAGAUAUGGUUUCAUCCAUACUGCAACAAUCAAAUGAACGGCUCGCAGAGGCAAUUAAAGCGGAUAAGGCAAAGAAAAAGACACCAUUGGGGCCAAUAGAUUCCGCAACAUCUGCAAGCACAUCCUCUCAUGUACAGGACAAUGGGAUGCAUGAGGCAGCCAAUAUGGCUGAUACCCAUGAGGAUACAUCGAGCUCUAACACAACUGAGACAGGCAGCCGUCGAACAAAGGCCAACCACAUAGCCUCCCCCAGGGUAGAUAAUGUGACUGAUAUGGCUGCAAUAUCGUUCAAAACACGUAAUGAUGUACGAAAAUCGCGCAUGAUUAGCAGACGUGGUCGUAAAGCAAAUGCAAGUGUCAUCUACGAUUCACGCAGUAUGUCCCCAGUGGAUGGGGAUAUGGUUGAUGAAACUGCAAAUGCAUUCCAGGAGAAAGAGGAUGGACAGAAAGGACGUAAAACUCGGAAAGGUGGUCGUAAAGAUAAGGGUUGUUCCAAGCGUCCUUCAAAAAACCCAAAAAUGACGGCAAAAAGCCAGGCAAUUGUUAUCUCUGAUGAUGAGAAUCUCAACAGGCAUGCGACUUCACAGGAGAUGGAUGACAAUCCUGACCUUGCUAUCAGCAUAGGGAGUACUGCACAUGCAUGUAUUGCAGUGACUGAACAAGAAGAGGAUAUGGAUGGCAUUAUUACAAUACAGUCCUCACCAAUAUCUAUGCAUCCAAAAUCUGGUCCACAAACAGCUGCCCGGAAGGGAAAAGGGAAGGCGAUAGUACUGUCUGACGAUGAGGCUGAUGGUGAUAAUCCGGAGCUCCCUCCCUGUGGACAGAGUAAGCAGCAUCUUGGAAAGCCUCAGCAUAUUGAUGAUUGUGGUGAUGCACCUGAUACCAAUCUCCCUGCAGCCACCUCUAUAUCAUCUAAUGCUAGGGAGGAGGAUAUUAACUCCGAGGAUACAAACCUUCCGUCAACAUUUGAAGACUGGGAGAAAUGGAAUCAUAUUGCGUUCCAGAACGGUAAUUCACAGAUAUUCCUGAAACUCGGGGCCUGGAUCCUGGUUCGAUUCAGACAGCUCACACAGACUCCGAUUAAUGGAGAUGUCAAUGGGAUCCUGAUUCCAGACCAUCCUAGGUCCUUUCACAUCAAGAGCGAGGCAGAUUUCAAUGAGGCACUAGGGAUGACACAUCUCUAUUCCGCGCUCACCCAUGUGGACACACAUCCACAAUACCUCGCACAUCUGUUUCAUGAGCUUGGCAAGGCAUCAUCAGAGGGUCGGCAGGAAUGUAGUCACCCUGACUUGAGACAACUUCCAGAACUCCCAACUCCCGUUCUUAGUAUGAUGGCUAAUGAGCAAUUGCCAUGGUUAAAAGCAUUGCCAUUCGAAGAAUUUGUUGAUUCUGUUGACAUGGAUGCUGAUGGGGAUGAAGAUGAAUACAUAUCAAUGGCGCUCGAUGACAUGGUCAUUUCUGGUAUGCACGAUUCAGCGGAAGUCUCGGGCCGUCAGGAUGUACUGAAGAGGAAGAGGACCACGUCCAAAGCAUUAUCACCACCUAAGGCUGAUGGAGGUCGAGGAUUUCCAAAGCGAUCCAGGUCAAGUCAUACUGAGUCCUUCCAUCGUCCCUCUUCACCCAUUGUGCAAUCCACUUCAGAACGAGCACGUAUCAAACCAUUGCACAGCGUGUCCACCCAGGACAAAGGUGUCCCAAUCCAGGUCAUCCACUUCCUAGAGCACCCGCAUGGAUUCACAUUUCCUGAGUCUGAGGGAGAUGCAAGCAUGCCAAGAUCCGAGACAAUUGCAGAUGGACAGAGCAUUCCAAGUCCUGCUUUUGGUGAUACAGGCGUUGUCAGUGACAUUAGUACCUGGGCUGCCAACAGUGAGGUGGAAUCUCGGACUCAAAUAUCAUCUCACUUGGAUGGUAACGAGGUUGCGGUGAAUACUGACUACCGCACUGAUGACAUGUCUGGGCUUGGCACAGAAUAUAUCAAUGAUGCCGAUGGUCAGAACGUUGGUCACGUUGUUGACAAGGUUGAUGGGGCAGCUGGAGAGGAGAUUAGUAGAUCCCAUGCACUUGAUGAAGAUGAGUGGUUCAUGAACAUGUCAGGCAUAUCAUUGCCGAACUAA